AUGCUUAGUAGAUUAUUUUUAGUUGCAGUUAUUGCCACAUUCGCAAACUCUUCUGAGACUGGUUCAUCUGAGUCUGAUUCUGCCCUCGAAACCGAUUUUGAAAGCUAUACAAAUAAAUAUCUUGGCUUUUAUACUGACUCCACUGGCAAGUCUUAUACUAUUGGAAAUAAAGACCACUAUUUUGACACGAGUGACAAUCUAAUCGACUUUUGGACUGACGAAAAUGGUAGCACUCAAACAAUUAACCAUGAUCUUUUAGAUUAUAUUUCCCAAUCAUAUAUUGGUACAAAAACUAAUGAUUAUCUUAUCGUUCUUACCGACCAUGCUGGCAGGUCUUAUACUAUUGGAGAUCAAGACUUUUAUACUGACGCAAGUGGUAAUUAUAUCGACUAUUGGACUGACGAAAAUGGUAGCACUCAAACAAUUAGCGACGAUCUUCUAGGGUUCGUUUCCCAAACAUAUAUUGCUUCAAAAUCUAAUUCUUUUGUUGACUUUUAUACUGACUCUGCUGGCAGGUCUUAUACUAUUGGAGAUAACGACCACUAUAUGGACGCAAGCGGUAUAUAUAAAAUCGACUUUUGGACUGACGAAAAUGGUAGCACUAAAACAAUUAACGACGAUCUUUUAUAUUAUCUUGGUUUUUCAUACAUCGGUGAUGAUGUUGAAUCCUACGAAACUGAUGCUGCCUCUUCAAAAGGUAAAACUGGAGCCAAAGAAUCCUCGGCAUCUGUUGGUGCUGCCGGAACAGGCAGUAACAGCGUUGCUACAUCUACAUCUGGUACUACAACUUCAACCAAAGGAUCUGGUAGUGGAUCUACAACUUCGACAAAAGGAUCUGAUAGUGGAUCUACAACUUCAAAGAAAGGAUCUAAUAGUGGUUCCACUACUAAUAAGCCAUCUAAAAGUGAUUCCACCUCUGCGACUGGCCAGUCUAGUAGUGGCUCAAGUAGUGGUAAAGGUAAUGGAGCUAAUCUCUAUGUUCCUGUUGCCGGAUUGUUCGUAGCGUUAGCAGGUGCAAUUAUCUAA